GAGAGAGAGAGUGGGAGAGUAGCAACGUAACUAAUUAAACCAUAAAUUCUUCAUCUGUGAGUUUAUAAGUAUGGCCGAUGCUCUUCUUUCCUUUUUGAUUAAUGAAUUAGGUGAUGUUAUCAAACAAGAGAUUGAACAAGAAGUGAGGUUAGUGGUGGGUGUUCGAAAGGAGGUCAAGAAGCUCGAAUCAACAUUCAUGACCCUCCAAGCUGUGCUGAAUGAGGCUGAGCAGAGGCAAAUGAAUGAGGAAUCAGUGAAGAUUUGGUUGUCUAAACUCAAAAGUACAGCCUAUGAAAUGGAAGACGUUUUGGACGAGUGGGGAACAGAGAUACAGAAAUCACGGUUGGAAAAGCUGAAACUCGUGGAGGACAAUGGAAAUCAGGUACCAAAAUUAUCUUCCUAUUUCUGUUCUCCUAUCUCGUGCGUCAAACAAGUUGUCUUACGACAUGAUAUUGCUUAUAAGGUGAAACAAAUCCGAGAGACUUUAGAUUGUAUUAAAAAUGAGAGAAAACAAUUUCUGUUCAAAAUGAGUGAGAGACCUGAGAAAGGUCCUCACGUUCAUGAGCGGAAAGAAACUAGUUCCAUCAUCGUAGAUCGUCCAAAUAUAUUCGGUCGUGAUUCUGACCAAGAAUUAAUUUUGAACAGACUCUUCGGUGUUGAGAACAGUACUAACCAGCUGGAAAAUGAAACUAGAGACCCCCGCAUCAUUUCUAUUGUUGGAAUGAGGGGUCUUGGCAAGACUACUCUUGCCCAACUAGUAUUCGACCAUGAAAAGGUGAAAUCUCACUUUAAGUUGCCCAUGUGGGUAUGUGUGUCUGAUCCCUUUGAUCGUAUAAAAGUUGCCAAGGCAAUCAUACGAGCAGCUAAGGAAAAAGACACACAUACCUCGACAUGGAAUGUGUUAUUUGGAGAGUUAUGUGAGUCAGUUAAAGGGAAAAAAUUCUUACUUGUGCUCGAUGAUGUGUGGACUAAUGAUCCUAAUAGUUUGAAAGAGUUUACGCACAUACUCGAUCUUGGAGAACAAGGAAGUCGCAUUUUAGUUACUACUCGAAGAGAAACCGUUGCGUCGGCGUUGAACUCUUACAAACAUAUGUUGCAAGGUUUAAAUUCUGACUAUAGCAGUUUAUUGUUACAUCGUAAAGCUUUUCAUGGGAAGGAGAAAGAAAGGAGUGAAUGUUUAGAAGAUAUUGGCACCACAAUAUCAAAAAAGUGUCACGGCUUACCACUUGCUUUAAGUCUUUUGGGAAGUCUUUUGAACAAAAAAGUUAAUGAAAAUCAUUGGAUGCAUGUCCUAGAUAGCAAGAUUUGGGAACUAAAAGGUUUUGAUCACCAAAAGAAACUUGUAUAUCCUAUUUUUUUGCUAAGUUAUGAUGACCUAGAAUCACAACUGAAGAACUGUUUUCUAUAUUGUGCAACCUUUCCUAAGGCUUUCAAAAUACGGAAACGUACCUUAGUUAGGCUUUGGAUGGCACACGGUUUUCUUUACUCAAGUACUGAUCAAGCAAAAGACCCCGAGUUAACCGGCGAGGAGUACUUUGAUGAAUUAGUUGAUCGUUCGUUUUUCCAAGACAUUUCUUCGGAUGGUGUUGGCAGAGAAUUCUGUUGUAAGAUGCAUGAUCUUGUUCAUGAUUUUGCUCAGUUUCUCAUGAGGGAUCAUUGUUAUGACUCGUAUAACAAUGAAGACACAUUCUGUUCUAAGCAGCAUAGGAAUCCUAUUCAUUUGAGUUUAAUAUAUGAUGAGCGUGACGCUAGUCAGGGUUCUUUUCUUGCCUCAGUCAGAAAGGUUGAUAAUGUCCGAACUGUCCAGUGUAGGAGACAUAUGGAUCACUCAUUCAGUGUUGAUAGUCUCUCUUCUGGCUUAAUUCGUAACUUAAGAAAUGUUCGGGUAUUGAAAUUGAAAGGCAUGGGCAUAACACACAUCUCCAAUCAGAUUGAUAAGCUAAUACAUCUAAGAUAUCUCGAUUUGUCCAGAAACAAGAACUUAGCUGAAUUGCCUGAUUCAAUGUGUGGUCUCAUUAACCUGCAAACAUUGAAACUGAAAAGGUGUAAGAGCCUUAUCAAACUUCCUAAAGAGGUAUGGAGAAUGAUCAAGAUGAGAAACCUUGAUAUUAGGCUAGCUGGUUUGGUAUACUUCCCGGAAGGAAUUAGAAACUGGAAAUAUCUCCAAACCUUGAGCACCUUCGUUGUCACUGCUGCAGCGGAAGGGUGUAAACUCGUAGAGUUAAAACACCACAACCUUUUAAAAGAUUGUUUAGAAAUAAAAGGGCUAGGGAGACUGAAAUCUGCAGAGCAAGCUGCUGAAGCCAAAUUUCAAACAAAGAGUCGGCUAAUUGAGCUUCGUUUAGAUUUUGAUUCUUCUGAAGAAACAAUGGCUUCCACGUCAAGUAACGGUCAGAUACAUCGACAAAGCUCAGAGGUAUUAGAGGUAGCGAGAUUAAUGGAUAGCGUCUUAGCGGUUCUACAGCCUCAUUCUAACUUGAAGAAGCUCACCAUAAGCAACUACUUGGGUUUCAAAUUCCCAAGUUGGAUGGGUGAUAUAAGAGCAUUAACAAACCUACGGUUUCUAGAAUUAUAUAAAUGCUCCAGUUGUACGGAAUUGCCAGCUUUGGGUCUCCUGCCAUCUCUUGAAGAACUGUUGAUUAAAAAUCUAACAAAACUAAGGCAUAUUGGGGUUGAGAUCUAUGGUGGUGGUCAAUGUGUAAAUGAAGUGGCAUUUCCAAAGUUGGUAACAUUGAUUAUUAAUGGAACUAAAAACUUGCAGGUAUGGGAAUUUGGCAGUAGAGAAGUACAGGUUGGUGAGAUUAUGCCUCGUGUUACAAGCAUCACACUCUUUGGGUGUACAAAUUUAAUUGCAUUGCCACCUUUGAAUAAACUUCCAUCUCUUGAAACUCUUACGAUACGACAUGCACAUCAGUUGACAAGUAUCUGUGUUGGGUUUUACUAUAUCAGACGCAAUACUAUGUCCUAUCUUGGAGUUAUUAGUCAACUCAAUAGUUUCUCAUCAUUUCCAAAGCUAGUUACUCUUGACAUCAGUUAUAUGGCAAGUCUGGAGGCAAUUGUUUUGGGUGUAAUAACAGAAGGAGAAAAAGGGGAUAAUAACAAUGAGAUUUCCGUACUUCCAUGUCUUAGAAGCUUAAGAGCUUUAGUUUGCCCGGAAUUGAAGUCAUUGAGAUUUCUGACCAAGUCUUUGCUGCCAUUUAAGAAAAUUCACUUGUGCAACUUAAAAGAGUUUAAGAUGAGAGAAGAAGAAGACGAAGAUUUAUCUCUUCUGCCUUGUAUUCGUGAUUUGUGUCUUCAUUGGUGUCCUGUACUACUUUCGUUCCCUCGCAACCUCCCGAACUUGGGCAGUCUUGUUAUAGAGGAGUGUCCAUCACUAAUAUCUGAAGAUGAUCGUCCUUACCUACCAAUCUCACCCAACCUUACAAGUCUUGAAAUUUUGGAAGGUCCAGAAGGACCAGUACAAUCACUAGUCAAUCCAAGAGAUAUAGCACGAUUCAAAGAACUUCAGAGAUUGACUUUAUACGCUAAUCUUGACGAGUCAUUUAUAUUCAUCCCGGAGUCUGUACAAAGCCUCACCAAACUCAAAUACUUGUGGAUCGGAAACACUAGCGGAAUGCAUGAUGGAGGGGAUUGGAGUAUCCUUUCUCACAUCCCUAACAUCAACAUUAAUGGCAAGAAGAUUAACCCUUCAACAUACUCGGCAUCAUUAUCGUCAAGUCAAAUCUAGGAUCUCACCAAGUCGCAGCAACGAAGGUCGGAAUAUGCGGGUGGGAAAGAAUCGACAAUAGAUUAUUGAGAAAUUAAGUGCUGAUUGUAAGGCAAUCAAUUGAAACUUCGGAGAUUUGGCUAUACUUCGUUCAUUACCUUAUGAAUAUAGUGUUUAUUAACUACAUUUUGGCUGUAAUUGUAUUUUGAGAACACUUUUUAUUUGGUGUGUGAAUGGUUUGUAAUAUUCAUUUGAUAAACAAAUAAUAUAUAUUUUGAGUGAUGCCCUUCAAAUGAUAAGUGACUGGUUGUGGUGCCAAAAUACAAAUGGUUGGGCUCCUCAUAUAUAUUUUUGUAUCAGUUUUUUAUUUUAUUUUGUGGUCUUUUUCUUUGCA